GACAAUAGCAACAACAAAAACAACAACAAUAACAACAAUAGCAGCAACAACUACAACAAUAACAACGACAAUAGCAACAACAAAAACAACAACAAUAACAACAAUAGCAGCAACAACUACAACAAUAACAACGACAAUAGCAACAACAAAAACAACAACAAUAACAACAAUAGCAGCAACAACUACAACAAUAACAACGACAAUAGCAACAACAAAAACAACAACAAUAACAACAAUAGCAGCAACAACUACAACAAUAACAACGACAAUAGCAACAACAAAAACAACAACAAUAACAACAAUAGCAGCAACAACUACAACAAUAACAACGACAAUAGCAACAACAAAAACAACAACAAUAACAACAAUAGCAGCAACAACUACAACAAUAACAACGACAAUAGCAACAACAAAAACAACAACAAUAACAACAAUAGCAGCAACAACUACAACAAUAACAACGACAAUAGCAACAACAAAAACAACAACAAUAACAACAAUAGCAGCAACAACUACAACAAUAACAACGACAAUAGCAACAACAAAAACAACAACAAUAACAACAAUAGCAGCAACAACUACAACAAUAACAACGACAAUAGCAACAACAAAAACAACAACAAUAACAACAAUAGCAGCAACAACUACAACAAUAACAACGACAAUAGCAACAACAAAAACAACAACAAUAACAACAAUAGCAGCAACAACUACAACAAUAACAACGACAAUAGCAACAACAAAAACAACAACAAUAACAACAAUAGCAGCAACAACUACAACAAUAACAACGACAAUAGCAACAACAAAAACAACAACAAUAACAACAAUAGCAGCAACAACUACAACAAUAACAACGACAAUAGCAACAACAAAAACAACAACAAUAACAACAAUAGCAGCAACAACUACAACAAUAACAACGACAAUAGCAACAACAAAAACAACAACAAUAAC